UCUGCAUGAGAACCGCCUCCGGCGAUGCCGGGCCGCCUUCAUGGCCUCUUCUCCCCGCAGACCCUCAAGUCCCCUCCUGGAGAAACGCCGCCGUGCCCGCAUCAACGAGAGCCUCAACCAGCUCAAAAUGCUCAUUCUGUCGCUCUCUGCAAGGACGUGAAACUCCCUGUACUCCAAGCUGGAGAAGGCGGACAUCCUGGAGAUGACCGUGCAGUUCCUGAGGGAGGUGCCGGCCGCGCCCUCGGCCGCAGGUGAGACCCCCAGCCCGCCCCUCGCCCGCCCGGUGCUCACGGCCGUCUCUCCACAGAGCCCUCUGAGAGUUUCCGCGCCGGGUACCGUGCCUGCCUG